AUGCCACCGUGUAGCGCAUGCGGCGUGGACCGCGCGAAGAGUGACUUCACCAGCUCACAGCUGAAGCUCAAGGCGGCGCGACGGUGCAAGGCGUGCGUCACUGGGGCACCAGUCACAGCGCAGCCUCGGUCGAUCGCGGGCGCCUUCAUGACCGCUGCUGAGCUACCGUCAAGUCUGGUUGAUGCUAGCCGCCUUAGACUGGCCCGUGUCUACAUGGACCACGACUUUCCGGUCAAAAUGAGUGAUGGCUCUCCAAAGCAGAUCCCCGCAGCUGCGCUGCAGUGCGCCGAUGCGUCCGAACUGAUGCGCACUUUCGGCUACGGCGCAGGCGGUUUCAUGGGUGAGGUGCUGUUCUGGAAGCGCCACCACGGAGUGCUGCUCGGCAAGCAGAAGUGGGAAUGCCACAGCGACGAAGGCCCGGAGGGCGACACGGCCGCAAUGAGCGAGCUGUGGGAGGCGCGGUGGCUGUUCGCGUCGAGCGCCGAGGCGCGGCGCUUCCACGCGGACAUGCUCAGCGCUUCGCGCGGCGAGCGUGGAUGCGGCUACCUCGACGGGCCCGAGCCGGGGCUCGAAGACACGCGCGGCGCAUGCCGCGAACGCCCCGACGUCUUCUCGGGCGCACUCUGCGAGGCGGGCGGCGCGGUGGAGGGUCUGGUCGUCUCGAGCAACGAGCCACGCCCGCUGCCCAAGCGAGGCGGGCUGCGCUCGCCGGAGGUCGGCCGAGCGCCAACCCAGUACCUGCAGCAGCACUCGGCCGCCUUCGUCGUCGAUCGCGUGGUCGCGAAGCUGUUCGUCGCCAGCGGCAUCAACGCCCGCGAUGCUGCGGGCCGGCACGUCGGCGUGACGCCGGCCGCCUUCGUCCAGCUCGUCCGCGUGGCCUCCGAGGCCAUCUCGCGCUGGCUCGCACACGGCCGCACGCCAGGCACGGCGGUGAGCUUCGAUGCCUUCUUCGAGCAGCUGCUGCGAUCUGGCACGAUCUCGGAGGCGCAGUUCGAUCGGAUCACGGACGAACUGGCGAAUGGCUGCAAGACGGAAGCCGAGCUGGUCGCCGAGUGGGCCGCCGCGACGGGGAGUGGGCCGCCGGGCGGUCCAGACGGGGAGCAGCGGCCGAAGGCGCGCUCGCACGGCUCGCUGGCAGCGGAGGUGAUGGGCGAAGGCGUGGCCCUCCGUCCAGGAGGCAAAGUUCGCAUCGUCGGUCUGCAGGGGCGGAGGGACCUGAACGGGCUGUUUGGCGAGGUGGUCUCGCUCGGCGACGAUCCGCACUCGGAGCGACUGACCAUCAAGGUGAAGGGCGUCUCCACUGGCAGCGGGCAAAUCAACGUAGUGAGCGGCGAGUAUCCAUACCAGUGCGUGCGUAUCAAGCCGGCAAAUCUCGUGCCGGUCUACGACACGCCGCAACACGAGACGCAGGGGCUGUGCCCCAUCUGCAUGAGUGUGGAGAUGCGCACGAUUCUGGACGGCGCGCAGAACGCGACGAUGAUGACGUGCUGCGGCAAGCCGAUCUGCCUCAAAUGCUUGUACGAGAUCGAGACGGGCCCGCUGCGCGACGUGUGCCCGUUCUGCCGCGCGGACACGUCCGACACGAGCGACGAGGCAACCGUCCGCGGCCUGACGCGACGGGCGCAGCAGGGCGACGCGAGCGCCCAGUACAACCUCGGCUGCCACUACGACUACGGGCGGAUGGGCCUCCCGCUCGAUCAAGUCGAGGCGCGGCGCUUGUACCAGCUAGCGGCGGAGCAGGGGCACGCGCGUGCCGCCGCCAACCUCGGCUGCUCGCACCGUGACGGCGAAGGUGGGCCCGUUGACCUUUCGCAAGCAGCGCACUGGUUCAAGGUGGCAACGGACCUCGGCCACACGCAGGCGUGCACGAACCUCGGAAUCGCGUACAUGCGUGGCGACGGAGUGCCGCAGAGCCGCAUGGAGGCGAUCCGCUACCUCACGCGAGCUGCGAAUGCGGGCGAUGAGCUCGCGGCGAGGCAGCUCAUGCGCAUGGGCGUGCAGCCGUGA